CGGAGGAACAGUUCUUACUGUACGUACUAACACGUCACACGUAAGGUCAAGAGGAAAGAAGCAUGGCCGCUGUGUUGAGAGGGUCUCGGUUCCUAGUUGGAAGGUGUUGCAAACAUGUUGACUUUGCAUUCGUCUCCACAAGGUCUAUGGCCUCGAAGACACCAGUGGGGUUUGUUGGUCUGGGAAAUAUGGGAAACCCAAUGGCAAAGAACUUGCUGAAGCAUGGAUACCCAGUCAUUGCUACCGAUGUGUUCCCGGAGUCCUGCAAGGAAGUGCGAGAGCUGGGUGCUCAGAUUGUGGAUAAUCCUGCUGAAGUAGCAGACAAGGCUGACCGCAUUAUCACGAUGCUCCCCUCUAGUCCCAAUGUCGUAGAUGUGUACACUGGACCCAACGGCAUUCUCAAAAAGGUAAAGAAAGGCUCCCUACUCAUUGACUCCAGCACCAUCGACCCAGCAGUUUCGAAAGAGAUGGCGGCUGCUGCAGAGAAGAUGGGGGCAGUUUUUAUGGAUGCACCUGUAUCAGGAGGUGUUGGUGCUGCCAGUUCGGGUAAACUGACUUUUAUGGUUGGAGGAGCAGAGGCGGAAUUUACUGCAGCCCAAGAGCUGCUCACCUGCAUGGGAGCUAAUGUGGUAUACUGCGGUCAGGUUGGAACUGGACAGGCUGCUAAAAUCUGUAACAACAUGCUUCUAGCCAUUGGAAUGAUCGGGACUUCUGAGACGAUGAACUUGGGAAUCAGACUUGGGCUUGAUCCUAAACUGUUGGCCAAGAUCCUGAACAUGAGUUCCGGUCGGUGCUGGUCCAGUGACACCUACAACCCCGUGCCUGGGGUCAUGGAGGGAGUCCCCUCUGGGAAUAACUACCAGGGAGGCUUCGGCACCCAGCUGAUGGCUAAGGAUCUAGGCCUCGCACAGAACACAGCCACCAACACAAAGACUCCUGUCCCUCUCGGCUCCUUGGCCCAUCAGAUGUACCGUAUGAUGUGCGCACGUGGUUAUGCCAAUAAAGAUUUCUCCUCCGUAUUCCAGUUCCUGCGUGAGGAGGAGGAGGAGGGCCAGUAAUGUCAGCCUCCACCCCGUCCACAGCCUUGCCAGGCCUGGCCCUACACAGCACUAACAUAGCAUAGUUAGGGUGCAUUUCGCCCCGAUGACUUUUUCUUUUUCAAAGUUGUGAGAGACAUGAAGCCAAGAGAGCUCCAACACAGCAGAUCAUGUGAGCGCUUCUCUCUUCUUGAAAAUCAUGUUUCCUGUGCGAUCUAGCCCUUUUUUAAUAUGCAACACUCCCUUUUAGUUUUAGAAGCAAGUGAACUGUCACUGAUUAUACAGAGAAUCCAAAAGAUUAGCAAACUGUCGAGCAGCGGCAGAUCGUACUCAAAAUGUAAAGAGUCUGGUGGGAAUCUUUGGUGUUGAGACGACUCAUUAUAGCUCUGUUUGUCAACGUUAAACGGCGGCAUAACUGUUUUAGUCUCCACGUAUUUAUCUUUUGUUUGUGAUCAUUUCUUUAUGUUGUGUUUUUUUUUUCUUCUGUUCUUGUAGGGGUUACUUCUCUUGACAUUGGAAAUGUUACUUUGGGGUAACUGUUAUAUCAUAUCCUGUUAGGAAAUAAAGGUAAAUUGUGAUGUCUUAAA